ACUUUGAAAUUGAUUUCGCCUGUAACAAAUCUCGGUGUACAUAUAUCCACCUCUCACAGACGGCAACGAGUCGACUCGGUUGUGUUCACUAACAACUUUUGGACGGUUCAUCUUCUCUCCGAUCAACUUUGAGUCCUCAAUUAGGUCACUGAUCGAGUUCAAUCCUGCUGAUUUGCUCUCAUCCACUUCGAUGAACUGCGAAGUUUGUCAACUCAAAGAACUGGAUGUGGAGCACUUCGAGAUACGUGAAGUUCUGGGAUGUAUUCUACACACAAUCUUGUUCCAUAGAGCUUUAGGUCUUGUGCGGCCAAAGGAUGUUGAUCUGCAACUCUUUGAAAUCACAUAUGUGCAAUGUGCAGAUGCAGAACUUGAGAAGAAAAUAGAUGAGAAGAUUGGCCAGUUCAUUGACAGGGUAGACAAACAUCCCAAUAAGAAAACUCAGAUAUGCUUAUCUUUCUAUGAAGUAAAAAGUAAACAGGCCACAUGGUUUACAAACAAAGUUGAACGCCUACACUGGGAGCAGUGGUAUAUAAAUUUGAAUGUUGCUCAGCUUCCUAAAGCACAUUCUGGAAAGUCUCAGCAUUCCAAAUUAGUAGUUGAUCCUGGAGAAGUUGCACUGGAAGAGAGAGACGUGCGACGUGCAGCACUAGAAGCAUCCCUUCGCGAGGUUUUGUUCCAGAUCAUCAAAUUUGUUAAUGAGAAGAGAGAUCAUGUUCCCCCUAUACCAAAUGUUGAAGGCGUCUCAUUUCCCUAUGAAAUCACUAUCUCGAGUUCCUCAGAUUCUGCAUUUGGAAUGGACAUGUUCAAGAGAAUGCUUCAGACUGGGCAUCCUACCAUGCUUAGCUGAUUUAUGUAAUACUUACCUCUUGUGGUGCUGCUACAUAGUACAUCCUAAUCUUCUCUUUUAAGCAGAAAAUGAUGGAGUUGGGGUAAUGUAAAAGAUGUUCAUAUGUACAUAGUAUGUCCUUUACUAAUUCCUGUUUUUCAUCAAAGUCCUAUUGUUGCAAUUCUUUAUCUCCUUGUGAAUUGGGUGUCCCUCCCCAUUUGCAGUGCAAAUAUGUAAAUUGCUUAGCUGGACCACGACCUUAAUGUUACAUAUUUCUUUGUAGCAAAAUGUUAUAUUCUGUUA